AUGUCGACAUCAAAAAAUUUUGCCAAUAAAGUAGUGCUGAUCACCGGUUCGAGCGGUGGUAUCGGCGCCGGCACUGCCGUCGAGUUCGCCCGAUAUGGGGCUCAAGUGGUGAUCACCGGUCGUAAUGCCGACAACUUGUCAGAAGUGGCCAAACAAUGUGCGGCCGUUUCGCCCAAUGGUCUCAAACCACUGGAAGUGUUGGCAGACGUGAGUAAAGACGCCGACUGUAAGCGACUGAUUGACAGUACGAUCAGUGCAUUCAAACGGUUGGAUAUAUUAGUGAAUAACGCGGGAAAGGGUGUGUUUUGUCCGAUCACUGAUACGGCUAUUCUCGACAAAUACCGGGAAGGGAUGGACACAAACCUCCGUUCAGUCGUCUAUUUAACACACCUAUCGGUCGAUCACUUGGAGAAAACUAAAGGCAAUAUUAUUAACAUAUCGAGCGUUGCGGGACUUAAACCGUAUAGAACAGGGUUUAUCUAUUGUAUGUCAAAGUGUGCGCUCGAUAUGUUCACCAAAUGUUUGGCCCUAGAAUUGGGACCCAAAGGGAUUCGCGUUAAUGUUAUCAAUCCGGGUGCCAUUAGGACCAAUUUUACUCAGGCAAUGGGCUAUACCAACGAACAGGCGGAGGCCUUAUAUACUACAAGGGCUGUCAAAUGCCCGGUCGGACGGGUCGGUGAGUCCAUAGACAUCGCGAACGCCAUACUCUUCUUGGCCUCAGACGAGGCCUCGUUUGUGACGGGCGUUCACUUUGUGUCCGACGGCGGCUCUCUUCACGCGCCCUCAUAA